AUGCUCAUCCAAACAACUAAUUCUUCUGCUAGUCAUCUUAAUAAUUCUUUUACAAAUUUAAUGGAAAAUAAUUCGAAUAAUGAGGAAAUAUCUUCUGAAGAAGAAUCUGGUGGCCAUGAAUAUUUAUUUGUAUUGCCAUUUAUUGUACUUUUUGGCCUAUGUGGCAAUAUAAUCUCUCUUGUAGCUAUAUUUCAUUCAAGACUUCGAAAAAUGCCAGCAAAUCAAUAUUUGAUUGUUUUAACUAUUGCUGAUUCUGUUUUUUUAAUUGGAAUUAUUAUGGUUUUGUUUAAGGUUGAUUAUACAGACUUUUUGCCUUGUGUUUUGGUUGAAUAUGUAUUAAUGACUAGUUCAUAUGUAAGUAGUUGGUCUAUUGCUGCAUUGACUUUGGAACGUUAUUUGGCUAUUGCUCACCCUUUAAAACAUGUACAAUAUGGACAUAUUAGUCGGUGGAAGACAAUGUGUUGUUGGCUUCCCUUACCCUUUCUACUCAAUUUGGUUCAAUUCUUUUCUCUUUCACCUCCAGACGAUUCUACAAGGCUUGUUAGAAAAUGUGAAGUUAAAAAUGGGGAAUUACAGAUGAUUGCCGAACUUUUGGACGUCCUUUUAUGUUAUUGCCUUCCUUGUUGUAUCGUUGUUGCUUUAAAUUUAAUAAUUGCUUCAAAAGUGCGUAAAGCAGAUCGUUCAUUUUAUAAUUCAUCUCCUCCACCCCAAUCAUCAAUUAAACGUCGAACAUUUACAAAUAAUCGCCCAGCAAGUUUGUCUUCAUUAAAGAAAAAGAAAAGUUUAACAACAUCUUCGGCUAAAAGUUCUGUUGGAUCUACAACAAUAAUAACAACACCUAGAAAAAAUUCGGCAUCGCAAAAAUUGUCUAUGCCUUUAGGGGCGUCGACGAGAACUGCUGGAGGUGGAUCACUAGCCUCUUCAGCAUCUUCUGCUGGCACUCGUAUACUUCUUGUAGUUCCUGUUGUUUAUAUAUUAUUAAAUACUCCUUUUUAUUUAAUUCGACUUAUUGACACGAUUGCUCUAAAUUUAUUCAAUUCUGACGCCUUUCAAGGAAGCAGUGGAAGUUUGGCAUCAAAUCCCUUGCUAGCCUCCCUAUACAAUUUUGCCCAUUAUUUAUAUUAUGUCAAUUUUUCCUGUGAUGUAAUUGUCUACGCAUUUUCUUCAGCAAAUUUUCGACGAACAGUUUUAAUAGCUUGGAAAAGAAUUUUGUGUCCAGGAUGGAAUGGGUCUAAUAACGCCUUAAUUUUAAAUAAUACAACAAAAAUUGGAAGAGAAUUAAGUUCAAAUAAUCCGAAGAAUUUCUCAAUUCGUUCACGUUUAUUACCCCAAACACAUUUAUUGUUGGUACAACAACAACAAAUGACACCUAAAAAUAAUAGACGUUUAAGUAGUUGUGUUAAUGGAGAAUUAAAUAAUAAUAGGGAAGAGAAUGAAGAAAUGUGUAGAAAAGAAAGACCAAAAUCGUUUAGUAAUACGUUGUUGAAGCAAAAAGUGAAUGGAAAUUUUAAUUGA